AUGCAGGUUCAAAAUCGUGCUUUUGACCUUUUCAUUCUUUCUAAUACUCAAGCCAAAGAUGCUUUGCUUCUUACUGUUGAUUCCACAACAACCCCAAGCUUAACAUAUGUCCCUUGUCAGCUCUCUAGACAAGACCUUAUUAAGCUUCUUCCUGAGUUUGGGUCACUUGUUUCUCCCUUCUGUCCUUAUCUCCACUCCACCACAUGCCCUGUUUUUCCCACUGAAAUUAAUCUGGUUGAACCACUUCCUAUUGCUGGAUUUUCUAGCAACAGUACUCCCGUUUAUCAAGGCUGGGAUGCUGAUGGUCCUUACUCUCUUCAACCUCGUGGCUUCACAGCUUACUACAUUUCCUGA